CUUCCGUCUGUGUGGGUUUGUUUGGUUUCUUAUUUCGGUACAAAAAAUUUGCUUAUACAAAGCGUAGUGAUUAUAUACUCAUUGGCUAAUACAUUAUGUAAAUGGAGGCGUAGGCGGUAAAUAUUGCAAUAUUGAGAUUCAGUGUAGUAUUUUGAUUAUACCGGGAAGUCUUCCAUUUGGUGACUGUGAUACGUGAGAAAGGUGGCAACUUCUAUAUUUUUUAAAGGAUUGAUUGACUCAUCACUGCAACGUAGUGAUUAUAUUUUCUUUGGUGAGAUGUAUUUGCAUGUGGAGAAAUUGAAAUAGAUUGACAUUGAAAUCACUUAUGUACAUACUGGUGAGUAAGUGUCACGAUGAACAUUCGCACCUUCGUAUUUUUGGACCUGGAGACAACGGGACUACCGAGAGAGGAGAGAAACCAUACCAAAAUAACUGAACUAUGUUUGAUCGCGAUAUCAAGAUACGAUAUUCUUGUUUCCAAAAAUGGCCGAAUACCGGCAUGCCAUAAAUUGUCAUUGCUGUUCAACCCUGAGAGAAAUAUUAAUCCUGUGGCAGCCCAUAUCACAGGGCUCACAAAUGAAUAUUUAAAAAAUUGUCCAACUUUUGUUGAAAGAGUAGAUACUAUCACUUUUUUUCUGGAAGAAUUGGAAGAGCCCGUUUGUUUAGUUGCCCACAACGGCAGCGCUUUCGAUUUUAAGGUUUUAUUAGCUGAAUUUGUAAAAAUCGAAAGGAUUUUACCCAAAAGGUUGCUAUGUUUAGACUCUUUGCUUGUGUUCCGGAAGAUUUUGAAGGAUAAUCCUGUUAAUUAUAAGACUUUAAAUUCUAGUGCUGAUGAUAGUAUUCUUACUGAUGAUGAAGAUGAUGAUUUUCCUGCGUUAUCUUUAAGUAAUGAAGAUUGGACUGAAAUAGACAGGUUGGAUACACCUCAACCAAACAUGUCAUUUAGAGGUGUUUCUUCUAAUACUACACGCAUCAUUAGUAAUUCCCAGAGAAGUAAUUACACAUUGACAUCACUUUACAAGCGUUUGUUAAAUAAGGACGCAACAAAUGCUCAUAGGGCUGAAGGAGAUUGCGUAAUGUUAUUAGAAUGCGUUAUGGCUUUGAAGGAAGAUUUUUUGUUUUGGGCAGACGCAUCCUGUAAAAGAAUGGAUACUGUAAAACCAUUUGUACCUUAUUAAAUCGUGACGAUGAACAAUUAUCUAACAUUUCUUAUUGAUUGAAAUUGUUCUCUAUGUUUUGUAUGUAAAACAUUAUACUUUUUAUAACACUGUUUUGUUUUAGACUGAUGUUUUAGUUAUCUAAAUUGUUUAAUUUUAUAAACAUGUAUUUAUUUUAAUCUUUAAUUCGAUUUAAGAUUAAUACAAUUACAAACACAAUUUUGUAAUAAGAUCGUGAAACCUCGGGGUUUAAAUAUUUUUAAUGAAUAAUGAUUGUUUUAAUAUAAAAAGCGCUCUUUAUUGAA